UGGAAUAGGAUGUUUAAACGUAAAGAGAAAAGUAUUUGACUAAUAAGCUAUCUAUUGGCUGCGUUAAGAUCCACCCUCUUUUCUAUUGAAGAUGAGAUCAUUAAUUGAGUGUUCUUAUCAUUAUCAUGAGGAUUAAGAAUCAAUAGAUUUAAAAUUGAAAUUAAGUGUAAUUACGAUGGAGACAAAUAACGUUGAUGAUAUUUCUACAACAAAUUGUGAACAGUUGGAAGUAUUACUUAUUUAAUGCGAAAUGAAAUAGUUUUGAAGUGGAAUUUGGGGAAAAAAUACUGUGAAUUCGUUAGUUUAGUACCACCAUGUAGAAUAGGAAAUUUAGCUAUUUAUUUCAUAGAUAUAAAAUUCAGUGUGUUUUUGCUAUGUGAGACGAUGGAAUAUGUUGCAAAUUACUUACUAACUACUACCAGUAAAAGAAAACAAGCCGCAUUGUGUUUAAAAUAGUUACAUUUAUUUGAAAUCCUGUCAACUGAGAAAAAGGGAGGACAAGAAAUGCACUAUAGUCACUUAAAAGUUAUAUUUGACCUCAUAAUCAAUUUCUGACAAAUAUUACAAAAGUAAAGAUGUUAUCAUGGAGUAAAUAUGAAGCUCUACAGCAUUAUUUUAUAUACAUAUAGAGAUUUAUAUUUUGAAAUAUGACCGUCUAAUUUAUUUCAUAUCAGUUUUAAAUGGUGUAGUUUUGAAUAGAAUUAUUUAAAGUUUAAAUCAGAUUUGAUCAAUUUUUCUGAUAUGGUGGGAAUUGAAGCAUUUUUAAAAUGUUUGAUAGUAUCUGUGUUGCCGUGUGUAAUAUCAGGAUGCAUAUAUCUGCUGAACGGGUGGACACCAGUUUCCGUAUAUGAUAGAACUGCACUUGCAGAAAUAGUGGUUUCCGGUACCGUCUUACAAACAUUCAAAGAUAUUAGAACAAAAUCAGAAACAUAUGAAUCAAAAAUAAAAAUAAAGCAAGUAUACAAGGGUAAAAACCUGUUAGAAACAGCAACUAGUAUAGAUGAUUUAAGUACAUUUAUGAUAGGGAAUUUUGGGGACAAGAAAAUGUGCUAUUCUGAUGUCUCCACAGGUGAAAGUUACAUUUUCUUCCUGACCGUCUACAAAAAUCGUCUUUCGGCAAAGUAUGAUGAUUUCUUUGGUGCCGUUGUGGAAGAUACUUGGUACACUGAAGACGAAGUUUAUAAGCAAAUAGGAUGGAAUGAAUGGUCAGAGUGGUCAUCCUGCAGUAAAUCCUGUAACACUGGUCAACAAGAGCGAAAGCGUGCAUGUUCUAAGAAAGAGAGCUCUUGUGAUGGCACAAAUGUGGAUACAAGGCAGUGCAAUACUUUUCCAUGUUCAGGGAUUACAGAUUUUUUGGAGAUAUUUGGAGUUUAUAAACUACCUCUAGGAGUAACAAUUGACUCAGAGCGGCAUACCGCUUACAACAUUACAACAAUAGCUAAUCUAUACUCACCUCUUUCAUCAGUCUUUCAUUUAGAUUUUCCAAAAGACUUUUCCAUUUUGUUUUAUUUAAAAAUUAAUAAAGGAUUAUCAGGAUAUUUAUUGACGCUUAGUGACAUCAUGGGUAAUCAAAAACUUGCUAUCAGAUAUGGCGACCAAACACUUUUCCAGUAUUCCGAUCAAAAUGAUCUUCCGGGUGAGAAAUCACCAUUAUUCGACAUUCCAAUAGCUGAUGGAAAAUGGCACCAAGUAGCUUUUAGUGUAAAAAGGAGACAUAUUACUUUAUAUUUCGACUGUGAUAGUGUGUUCGAACAAAAUCUCAGCAGAUCAAAGCAUUCUAAAUUAGGAAAUAACCUCAUGUUUGCGAUAGGACCAUAUUUUGCCAGGCAUGGCACACCGUUUGAGGGUAAUUUGGAGCAAGCACUUAUCAUUCCAGAUCCAGAAGCAGCAAAGCAGCAAUGUCACAACCAAAACAAAUCAAAAGACGAUGUCUUUAAUCAGGAAAAGGCAAUAAAGGAUCAGGCAAACAAAGACGGAGACGACGAUAACAAGACCAGGAGAAAAAGAAAAAGGAAGGAUAAGGCUCUAAAAGACAAAACAAAAAUUAAAGUUUUACCUGCUGACUGGUCGUCAUGGUCGCCAUGCACAGUAACAUGUGGAACUGGCACCCAGUCAAGAUCACGUUACUGCAGAAACAACGAAAUCGAGGUGGAAGAAUGUCUUCCCGAUCAUUCCCAAGUUGUUCAGAAUAGACUUUGCUACCUUGAUAAAUGUAAAGAAGAAUGUUUCCAGUCUUGUUUAAAUGGAGGGAGCUGUAAUACUAAUGGUUCAUGUGAUUGUGUGACGGGAUAUAUUGGAAAGAGCUGUGAAAAGGUUGAGUGUAAAGAAAUCUGUAGGAAUGGAGGAAAGUGUCUAUCACCAGGGGUCUGCUUCUGUCCUUCCGGAUACUAUGGACAAUACUGUGAAAAUGCAAUUUGUGAUCCGCCUUGUUUAAAUGGUGGCGAAUGCGGAAAACCUGGAAUCUGCAGUUGUCCUUCCGGUUUCUCCGAACCUUUUUGUACUCCAUCAUGUGAUAUCACAUGCCAUAAUGGAGGAAAGUGUAUCCGUCACAACACGUGUAAAUGUAAACGAGGAUAUACUGGAAAUUAUUGUUCCCAACCUGUGUGCAGAAAAGGAUGUGAAAAUGGAGGGAAAUGUGUUUCUAAGAAUAAAUGCUCUUGUCCUCAGGGAUUUCGUGGAAGACGAUGUCAUAAAGCUAUAUGUAGACCGAAAUGCAAGCAUGGAUCCUGUAUUUUACCUAAUACAUGUAAAUGUAAUCGAGGAUACUUUGGUAAAAAAUGUGAAGAUUUUAAAUGUAAGAGAACCUGUAAAAAUGGAGGAUCCUGCAUUGGUCCUAAUAAAUGCAAAUGUCAACAAGGAUAUUCAGGAAAAUGGUGUCAUAUUGGUCGUUGUGAACAACCUUGCAUGAAUGGAGGCAAAUGUAGAAAGGACAAAUGUCGUUGUCCGAAGGGUUAUAGAGGAAGCAGAUGUGAAAUAAGAAAUUGCAAAUAUGAGAAACAUAAUAUGCCAUAUGAACAGACAUAUAAAACGCUUGUUCGUGAAGAAUAUACAACGGAAUGUGGAACAUGGAGAUGGAAAACUUGUGUAAAAACCAGGUUGAGAUACGAAUUGGUGACUAAAACUAUGUACCGGACAGCAUACAGAUGCGUAUAAGUUGUAAUAUGAAUUCUUAUGGUUGCCAAACGUUCCAACAAAGAAAGUAGUCAUCAUCUGCCCUCCAUGAAGAUGAUCCACGGUAUAAACUGUACUGUAACGAAGAAACAAGAGCCGCUUCCGUGAUUUCACAGUUUAUUCGUUUGUGAAUACAUGUAUCACACACAGAUAAUAUAAACUGGACACUGGGCAUCAAUCAUUAUUCAUUUUUGUAUUUGAAUAUUUAACAUAGUAUUCUACAUCAUUGUAUAGGACCUGUCUUGUACAUGAUAUGUAAAGAAGCAAACAAAAGAAGGGCAUCACUUACUUGCUAGAAAUUGAUUUUAUUUGAUAUAUGAUAAAAAAAAAAAACGCAUAUUUUCAUCUAGAUACAUUUUUGUCAAUGUCCGUUAUUUACGAAUUCUUUCUUUUAUGGAGAAAGGGAGAUAACUUAAUUUCCUUUUUUACAGGUGAAGUAUAAUACUCAAACAUUUUGCAUAUAUGAUAUAU